AUGGAAGAACUUCCGUCAGAUUCUGCUUCAACUCAAGAUGAGGAUACGGAAUUUUGCGAGCAACAUUUCAAAAACACACAUAAGCGCGACGCUUCGGGCCGCUACACUGUUCGGCUCCCCUUCAAAUUGCCUCCAACGUCACUCGGAGACUCCUUCUCGGCCGCUUCCCGAUCACUUCACCGACUUCGAGCUCGGUUGGCUGAAGACGAGUAUAUCAGCCAGCUGUACAAGGAAUUUCUUCAAGAAUACGAGGCUCUUCAUCACAUGAUUCCGGUUUCCGACGUAAGACCGACGAAUCCGUGCUUCAUCCUUCCGCAUCGCGGAGUCGUGCGUGAGCACAGUGUCAUCACAAAACUCCGCGUAGUUUUCAACGGGUCGUGCAAAACUAACACCGGUUUCUCGCUAAACGACAUACUUCACACCGGGCCGAAGCUUCAACAGGACAUUUCCGAUGUACUUCUAUGGAUUCGGCAACAUCGGUUCAUCUUCGCUACGGAUAUUACAAAAAUGUAUCGGCAAAUCCUCAUACACCCGGACGAUCAAGAGUUCCAACGGAUUCUCUGGUUCGAUUCAAACAACGAGCAGAUCAGCUAUAAACUCACAACCGUAACAUACGGUUUGAGUUGCGCCCCGUAUUUGGCUAUUCGGGAGCUCUGGCUCGCAAAACUGCAGUGGGACGAUCUUCUUCCGGAACGACUUCAACUUCGGUGGUGGCAAUUUCGCGAAAGUCUAAGCGAUUUGCCCCUCAUUUUGAUUCCUCGGUGGCUACAUUCUUCUCCAACGGACUCGGUCGAGCUUCAUGGGUUUUCUGACGCUUCGCAGCUCGCCAUGGCUGCUGUGGUCUAUCUUCGAUCAUCUUCUCCGGACGGCUCGACGUCAGUCAGGCUCAUCUCUUCGAAGACAAGAGUGGCCCCUCUAAAACGGCUAAGUAUCCCUCGCCUCGAGCUUUCGGCUGCUCUUCUACUGGCUCGGCUCAUUGCAUACAUCCAGAAAACGCUUCCGCGAAAAGACGCGCCUCUCUAUCUCUGGACGGAUUCAUCGGUUACUCUCACCUGGGUCUCUUCGCAACCAGCUCGCUGGAAAGACUUCGUCCGGAACCGAGUUUCACUCAUUCAAGACCUGACUUCAACGGCUAAAUGGCGCUUCAUUUCGGGAAAGGAGAACCCAGCGGACUGUGCUUCGCGAGGACUGACUCCUCUUCAGUUGUCCAAGCAUUCUCUCUGGUGGUCCGGUCCCACUUGGCUAAUGAACACUUCGGAAAACUGGCCGGCACAGCCACUAAACCUUCCCACGGACGCUCCACUCGAGCAUCGGCCCGGCUUCAGCUUUACUUCAAAUCUCGAGCCAAUAGGCAAGAUUUGGGAUCUUGUUCAACGGUAUUCUUCAUUGACACGACUUCUUCGAAUCACGGCAAUGUGUCAACGAGCUCUUCAUCGAUUCAAGCGCUCCUCACCGGUUCGGACGGACAUACAGCUUACUCCAGACGAUCUUGAACAAGCAAGACUCUUCUGGGUACUACAUAUACAAUCGGCUCAUUUCGCUGCGGAACUGCGAUCAAUCUCAAACGGAAAUUUUUUGACACGGGGUCAUUUCCUGUCGGCCUUGACUCCCUUCAUCGAUUCGCAUGGAACUCUUCGCGUCGGGGGACGCCUGCAGCAUUCCAGUCUAAACUUGGAAGCAAAACAUCCGGCUAUCCUUCCACGUCAUUCGACAUUCACGACGCUCGUCAUCGCUGACGCGCACCUCAAGACUCUUCACGGCGGAACUCAAUCGACCUUGACUCUCCUUCGUUCCAAUUACUGGAUCGUCGGAGGUCGAGCACCAAUAAGAUCGUUCAUUCUUCACUGCGCUAAAUGCGUUCGGUUUCGAGGACUUCGAGCUCAACAGCUCAUGGGGCAACUUCCGAUCAGUCGUGCUACUCCUUCUCGGGCAUUCCUUCACACCGGACUUGAUUACGCCGGACCCUUCACAGUAAAAACAUGGCGAGGCCGGAAUACGAAAACAUACAAAGGAUAUCUGGCCGUCUUCGUUUGUUUUUCAACGUCAGCUGUUCACUUGGAACUGGUGACAGACUAUACCUCGGAUGCCUUCAUCGCGGCCUUUCGGCGGUUCACGAGUCGUCGAGGCAUUUGUCAUACGCUCUAUAGCGAUUGCGGGACGAACUUCAUCGGAGCUGAUGCCCAACUUCAAGGACUCUUCAAAGAAAGUGCGGCAGAAAUGCCACACAUAAUUUCUUCGCUGACUAACAUCGGAACUCGGUGGUCCUUCAACCCCCCCUCGGCUCCUCACAUGGGAGGAAAGUGGGAGGCCGCCGUCAAAUCGGCAAAACAUCACCUUCAACGGGUUAUCGGGGACUCAGCACUUACGUAUGAAGAAUUUACAACUCUUCUUACGCAAGUCGAGUCAGUGCUAAAUUCACGUCCGCUGGGCGCCAUGUCAGACGAUCCGGAUGACUUCUCUGCCCUGACUCCUGGCCACUUCCUCAUCGGCGAGGCCCUAAAUUCAGUUCCGGAACCUUCGCUCACUUCAACUCCGGAGCUAAAACUUCCGCGCUGGGCCCAAAUUCAACGGAGAUUCCAGCAAAUUUGGCAACGCUGGUCAUCGGACUAUCUUCAACACGGUUUAGCCACUUCCAAGUGGCGACAUCCUCGGAACGAGAUCCAGGUUGGCUCCCUGGUCCUCAUCACGGAUGAACGACUUCCACCUUCAAGCGGCCAAUUUCAAAGCUCUGCAUUCUUCCGGUUACUUCUUCGACAACAUCGGUUGCCGAAGGCGGGGAGUGUGUUCAGAAAAGGGCAUAGUUCGCCGUUCUCUCGUGGGAGGCCCUCAGUCGACGGUCGGUCUCUCGCUUGA